AUGCCGACAGAUGCGCCAGAGGAAGACAGACUCAGCCCCCAUGAGGAGAUCACAAAGUGUGAGGGCAUGACUCUGCCCAGCACCCCGACAGUCCGCAGAGGAAGCACCCCGUUACCCCUAAAGCACCAGCUUAGACGUGGGGAGGCGGUGCACGAUGACGCGGACUGGGCCUCGGGGGCAGUGGGACCCUCCGUUUCCCCCGUGCACUUCAGCCCGGCUUUAGAAGACACUCUGACCAUCUCUGUGGAGGGACGGUGUGGCCCGCUCAGAGUGGCUCUCCUCGGGCAAAACGGAGUCGGCAAGUCCUCUCUGGCCAUGGCCCUCGCUGGAGACAUGGACAGGACUGCAUCGGUGGAUUCUGAUGGGGAAGGUUAUGUGCGCACAGUCACAGUCGAUGAUGAGGACAGCACCAUUGUUAUCUAUGACAACUGGAGACAGGACCUGUCCAUGCUGCUGUGCGAGGUGUGUGUGCUCGUGUUCUCCGUCACAGACAGAAGAAGCUUUCACCGCACGGCUCAGUUGCGACUGCUCCUCAGAGAGACCCAACCCCAGACUCCCAUCAUCCUCGUGGGCAAUAAGAGUGAUCUAGUGAGGUCCAGAGAGGUCUCAGCUCAAGAGGCCAUGACCAGUGCUGCCCUCUUCAAUUGCUUGUAUUUGGAGAUCUCUGCUUCUCUGGACCACCGAACGGUAGAGCUGCUUGAGUCUGCGGUGAGGUUAGCGAGGGGCCAGUCCCCUUGGCCUCCAGGGACCAGUGUGGAAGAUAUGAACGGAGGCCAAAAAGAGAGCAUCACAUCCCGGGCCAAACGCUUCCUGUCCAGCCUCGUCCCGCGCUAUCCCAAAGAGCGCGAGGCGGGGAAGUUUCUGAGGCAAAAAUCACGCUCGUGCCAUGAUCUUGGAGCCCUGUAG